AUGACAAGACGUACUACUAUAGACCCUGAUUCAGUGGUUUUGAAUCCUCAGAAGUUUAUUCAGAAGGAAAGAUCGGACUCUAAGGUAAAGGUUGAUCAAAUCAACACUUUUUUAGAGUCUUCCCCUGAGAGAAGGAAAUUGACACACACCUUAAUAGACCAGAUAGUGAAUGAUCCGGUGUUGAAGACAGAUACUGAUUACUAUGAUGCUACAAAAUUGCAAGAGAGAGAAAUCACUGCGAAAAAAAUUGCUAGACUUGCUAGUUAUAUGGAGCAUGAUAUUAAGACCGUCCGCAAGCACUUCCGCAACACUGAUCUAAUGGAAAAUUUACAGGCAAAUGAUCCGGAUAAGGCUGAACCUUUGACAAACCAGGACGUGUCUAUAUUUGAUAAGAGGUUGUCGCUGGUAGCGAAUAUCGAUCCUCAAUUGGGUACUCGUGUGGGUGUGCACUUGGGACUCUUUGGUAACUGCAUCAAAGGCAAUGGUACUGACGAGCAAAUUCGGUACUGGUUACAAGAAAGAGGUGCAAUCUUGAUGAAAGGUAUAUAUGGCUGUUUUGCAAUGACUGAACUAGGACAUGGUUCCAAUGUUGCUCAGUUGCAGACAAGAGCGGUGUAUAAUGAGCAGAAUGAUAGUUUUAUUAUUGAUACGCCUGACCUGACGGCCACCAAAUGGUGGAUUGGUGGUGCUGCUCAUUCUGCCACCCACGCUACGGUAUAUGCUAGGUUGAUUGUUGAAGGUAAGGACUACGGUGUGAAAACGUUUGUUGUUCCUCUGAGAGACCCUUCAAAUUUCCAAUUGUUAUCUGGAGUUUCAAUAGGUGAUAUUGGGGCAAAGAUGGGUCGUGAUGGUAUUGAUAAUGGUUGGAUUCAAUUCAGGAACGUAGUUAUUCCCAGAGAAUUUAUGCUAAGUCGAUUUACUAAAGUUAUUCGCUCACCAGAUGGUUCAGUCACUGUUAAGACCGAACCACAAUUAGAUCAGAUUUCAGGUUAUAGUGCGUUACUAAGUGGGAGAGUUAACAUGGUCAUGGAUUCAUUUAGGUUUGGUUCGAAGUUUGCCACUAUUGCAGUGCGUUACGCAGUGGGUCGUCAGCAAUUUGCACCUAAAAAAGGAUUGUCCGAAACGCAAUUGAUUGACUAUCCCCUUCAUCAAUAUCGUGUUUUACCGCAAUUAUGUGUUCCGUAUUUGGUAUCCCCUGUAGCUUUUAAAUUAAUGGACAAUUACUAUUCCACUUUGGACGAGUUAUACAAAGCGUCCUCAUCUGUGGACAAAUCUGCUCUAGUUACUGUCAGUAAGAAACUGAAGAAUUUGUUCAUUGAUAGUGCUAGCUUGAAAGCCACAAAUACAUGGCUCAUUGCUACCUUGAUUGACGAAUUGAGACAAACAUGCGGAGGACAUGGAUAUUCUCAAUAUAAUGGAUUUGGUAAAGGUUAUGACGACUGGGUGGUUCAGUGUACAUGGGAAGGUGAUAACAACGUCUUAUCUUUAACUUCAGCAAAAUCAAUAUUGAAAAAAUUCGUUGAUUCCGCUACCAAGGGCAAAUUUGACAACGCUCUAGAUAUAGAUUCUUUCUCUUACUUGAAACCUGAGUACUUGGGAUCCGUAAUUUCUGGUGGAACGAAAAGUGGUUUGAAAGAGCUAGGUGAUUACACCGAAAUUUGGUCUAUUACUUUGGUUAAACUAUUGGCACAUAUUGGUACCUUAAUUGAAAAAUCAAGAAGUAUUGAUACCGUCUCCAAGCUCUUAGUUUUAGUGUCCAAAUUUCAUGCUUUGCGUUGUAUGUUGAAAACCUAUUAUGAAAAGUUAAAUUCUUUAGGUGAUUCUCACAUCACUGAUGAAAUUACUAAGGAAUCCUUGUGGAAUGUUUACAAGUUAUUUUCGUUGUACUUUAUUGACAAGCAUUCAGGAGAAUUCCAGCAAUUUAAGAUUUUUACACCCGAUCAAAUCUCGAAAGUUGUGCAACCACAAUUAUUGUCUCUCUUACCAAUUGUGAGAAAAGAUUGUAUAAGUUUGACUGAUUCUUUUGAACUUCCUGAUGCAAUGUUAAAUGCUCCUAUCGGUUACUUCGAUGGUGAUAUCUAUCACAACUACUUCAACGAGGUUUGCCGCAAUAAUCCAGUGGAAGCAGAUGGAGCAGGUAAACCUUCCUAUCAUGAACUGUUGAGUAGCAUGCUUGGUAGAGGGUUCGAAUUCGAUCAAAAGCUAGGUGGUGCAGCCAAUGCUGAAACUUUAUCAAAAUUGAACAAAUGA